AUGAAACUAAUCAACACCAAAACAUUCGCUCUCGAGGAUUUCUUCGCCGAAACAGCACCACCGUAUGCCAUUCUCUCGCAUACCUGGACCUCUGAAGAGCUCACCUAUCAGGAUAUAACGUGUGACGGUGGCCUCUCACGUAACACGAAGAAAGGCUACGCCAAAUUGACGCAGACCUGCCGUCUCGCAAGUCAAGAUGGCCUUGAAUACGCAUGGAUCGAUACAUGCUGCAUAGAUAAAUCGAGUUCGGCGGAAUUAAGCGAGAGUAUCAAUUCCAUGUAUGCAUGGUACGGAAACUCGACGACAUGCUACGUGUACCUUGAGGACUUGCACCCUUGCGACAUCACGUCUGGAACCGCUACAGACUAUGGUCCCGGCAGAGACGUAGAGGGUGAUAGCGACAGCGACAGCGACAGCGACUCUCAUUCGAACAUACACCAUGCAGCCAACUCCCUGCAGUUCUGCCGCUGGUUCAGACGAGGCUGGACACUCCAAGAACUCCUGGCUCCGGCCCAGCUCACCUUCUACGACUCGUCAUGGACGCUGAUCGGCACACGCGACACUUUCAGCGGCGUCAUCUCUCGAAUCACAAGCAUCCCCAGGAGCGUAUUAUCGCAGACGUUUCCCGUCUCAGAAUGCUCAAUCGCGAUACGUAUGUCGUGGGCAGCUCACCGCACCACCACACGCACGGAGGACAUAGCAUAUUGCCUGUUGGGUCUGUUCGACGUGAACAUGCCCCUGCUGUACGGCGAAGGAAUGAAAGCGUUUCGUCGUCUUCAAGAAGAGAUUGUCAGGCGGAGCAACGAUUUCACCAUUUUCGCAUGGGAGAAGCCGGCAUCUCUGCUUGCACUCCGGUACAGUGGUGCUACUUUCACACAUGGGCCCGAGGGGCUCAUCGACAGAAGCACCACCACCGGUCUAAGUAUCUUCGCACCCAGACCGUCAUGUUUCGCCAACACGACAAUCAUAGACUGGCUGUCGAAAGAAGAAGUCAGUUUCUCGGUGACCAAUGCGGGUCUCCUGUUUUCCGGCACGGUCGACGUCCGAGUCCUCAAUUCGGCGCAUUACAUCCUGCUGGUCGGUCUGCAGACGACUUCGUGGAGAUCCCGCCUCGCGACGGGUAUCUACCUCCGCAAACAGACGCCAACCAUCUACCACCGCGACCCCUCGGUGCCUCUGGCCCAGCUGUCGCCGUUAGAAUGUGCGUCCCUCCCGACAGUUUCGAUCCGCAACCUCGUCGUCUCCACGGCUCCAAAGCAAAUCGACAGUCCUACGUUUCACGCCUUUCGCCAAAGCACUGUCCACGUGUCCAGGAACCCCACAAGCCCCAAGAGUCCGGGACACAGAUUUCGUCUCGUAACGGCGAUUCCCGAGACGCUCUGGUCGUACAAUGAGCACAUCUUUCUCAAACCUGAAAUCUACUCGAGUGAGAACGGCCGAGAAAGUGCAAUGUAUCCCAUGGUCCUGGGCGUGCGUGUUUUAUGGUGGCCUCGCGCCAUCGACAGCAUCAAGAUCAAUGAAAGCGAUGAUGACGAAAUUGACGCGGAAGACCACGAAGAUGACAGAGAUUCUAUCUCGCUCUGCAUAUUGUGCGACUACCGCACGACACCACCUCGAUGCAAGAUCUUUCUGUACGGAGCACAGGGCGCGUUGGGCCCGAUGCUGUUCGACGGACGACAUAAAUCCGACUCCGUCGACUGGGCCGAUGUGGAGCUCCAGGUGCCCUCGAUACACGAUCUCAGCGAUGAAGUGGAUAUCCCGCUUGACAACGACCAGUUUACGACUGUCUCAGCUUCCUUGCCGCCCGAUCGUGUCACGAUUUCCGGGGAAGAAGUACACGUGUAUAGUUUGCGACUGGAGGCCAAAAGCAGACACGAAAAGUCAGUAUGA